AUGAAUGCGAAUAACACUACCGAUGGUGUCGAAAUUCAGCGAAAUUUCAGUGUCCGCAAAACAUUUCUUUGCGGGAUUAAUAUGGGUGCGAUUGCUUAUAGUCUAUCUUUCUCAAGUGUACCCAUCGUCUUCACAAUAACUGCAAUCAUCUUUGGUAAAACAUCGGAAAUAACUAUAAUAGCGACGGCUCUUUCCCAAUUGGCGGCUGGAUAUUUGCAUACUAAUGCCUCACGAGUAGGCAUGGCUUGUAGUGUAAAAUUAUUUGGUGGCAUUUUUAUGGCGAAGCCUGAAAUGAUAAACAGACGUACAUCUAAUGAAGAUAGAAAAGCAGCUUUAAAACGUUUUUUCUGCCAGGAACUACCCAAUGCGAUUGUUUUAAACGUUAUGUGGCAGACGUUUACUAUUAAUUAUUUACUUCAGAGUCUUUUCAUAUUGUGGUAUAUUGAAAGAUUUGCUUUGCAUACAACACAACAUAGCAACGAUUAUCAAAUAACUGAUGCUUUCCCAAUUAGAACAAGUGAAAAUCAAAUCAUUCUGAUUCAUGGAGUUACACGUUUUGUGGCUGGUUGUAUCGCUGGAAUGAGUACAGGAGUGAUCAACCAGUUCUGGCAACGAUAUAAAUACAAUUUGCCACAACCCGGUGCCAUAUUCAUGACAAAUAAAAGCACAUUGAAAAUAAAUUGCGAAGUGAGCAAGAAAAUAUUAACGCCCUGUAAUGUUGAAAAUUGGAUAAAGCUCUCGACAAUGAUUUUGAGCGCUCUAUUCACUAUUAUGAGCUCUAUACCAAAUAAUAUUGGCUUUUAUCAAUUAAGUACACUUGAAAAGCGACUUAUUACUGAUAUAAUGGUAAUUCAAGGGGGAUGGUUUUUUAUUCGAGACUUUGCAAUGAUUAUUCUAAUGCCUAAACAACCACCUGAGAUAGUGACGACGAUGGUGAAUAUUUCUUCGCCUGCUGCUAUUGAAAUGCGAAGUAUGGCUGCAGAAGACUCUGCUCUUCUCACAAGACCCGUUGACCAAAAUGAUGAGCAAGAAACAGUCAACUUGUAA